ACACACACACAGACACACAUAUCUUAGCAAAGAGAAAGGAAGAUCAGGAACUAAGGGAGGUGGGGGUGGUUUUUGUGCGCGGCUGCCUUGCAUUAUCGCUGCGCUACUCCCCGGCUUUUGCAACAAAGGAGUGACAGGACACACAGAGAGAAGGGCUGAUCAAUUUCAGUGCAAUUCAAUUCUCAGCCUGUGCAAAAAGAGAGAGAAAUCAUGUGAUGGAAACGGAAGUAGCCAACAGCUGAUGACUGACCCAGGUAUCUGAGGAUUGACUGGAGCUGACUUUUGUGUCUCUCUCUCUUCUUUGCACCCCCACUUACCACCUGAGCCGAGAGAGUGUGCAUGUGAAGGGAACAAAAGGGACACCAAGUGAUCGCUGUCGAUAGCCAGAACAUCCCCAAAAAAAAAAGGAUCUGUCUCCUGAAGGAUUUCUUUUCUCUUUUGGAGGUUUUGUUUAUUUCGGUGGAAAAUUGGGAAUGCAGGAUUUGUUGGACUCAUUUAUCCAGGGGGUUGGAGACCCGAAUGAAUGACAAAAGGCCGUUCCCACUAAAAGGGGACACGAGGGCUGUUUCGGAAAUCGACUUAAAUGUGAGGAAGUUGAGUCAAUUAGAAGGCCCCUGAACCCAAGGAAUUGUGUACAAGUCUAUUGUUCCCAAGUGCCUGCAAGCUUGGAUUCCUUUACACACCUUGACUGCUUUCUUUGGAUCAUUCCUGCUGCUGUCAAUGUGAUGGAACUAAUGUUUGCAGAGUGGGAGGAUGGCGAGAGAUUUUCCUUUGAAGACAGCGACCGGUUUGAGGAAGAUUCUCUCUGUUCCUUCAUAUCCGAGGCAGAGAGCUUGUGUCAGAACUGGCGAGGAUGGAGGAAGCAGUCUGCUGGCCCCAAUUCACCAACUGUUAAGAUCAAAGAUGGUCACGUCACCCCUUUGGUAGAACUGUCAGCCAAGCAGGUAGCUCUUCACAUUCCCUUCGAAGUUGUCGAAAAGGUUUACCCACCAGUGCCCGAGCAACUCCAGCUACGCAUCGCCUUCUGGAGCUUCCCAGAAAACGAAGAAGAUAUCAGGUUAUACUCCUGCUUGGCCAAUGGCAGUGCUGAUGAGUUUCAGCGAGGGGAGCAACUGUUCAGAGUGCGGGCUGUCAAGGAUCCACUGCAGAUCGGAUUUCAUUUGAGUGCCACCGUGGUUCCUCCACAGACAGCUCAAGCUAAAGGGGCAUUCAACGUGGCAGUGAUGUUUGACCGUUGUCGGAUAACCUCAUGUAGCUGUACCUGUGGAGCUGGGGCUAAAUGGUGUUCUCACGUGGUAGCUCUCUGUCUGUUCAGAAUACACAACGCCUCGGCGGUGUGUUUGCGCGCUCCAGUGUCUGAAUCGCUGUCCCGAUUGCAGAGAGAUCAGCUACAAAAAUUCGCCCAGUAUUUGAUCAGCGAACUGCCCCAGCAGAUCCUCCCCACUGCACAAAGACUUCUUGAUGAGUUGCUUUCAUCCCAGUCGACAGCAAUUAACACAGUCUGUGGGGCUCCAGAUCCCACUGCUGGGCCAUCUGCUUCAGACCAGAGCACCUGGUACCUUGAUGAAUCUACGCUUAGUGACAACAUCAAGAAAACUCUCCACAAGUUCUGUGGUCCCUCUCCCGUUGUGUUCAGUGAUGUCAACUCAUUGUAUUUGUCAUCCACGGAGCCUCCAGCCGCUGCAGAGUGGGCUUGCCUCCUACGGCCCCUCCGUGGACGGGAACCGGAGGGCAUCUGGAAUCUUCUGUCGAUUGUCCGCGAGAUGUUCAAGCGCCGUGACAGCAACGCAGCCCCCCUCCUCGAGAUUCUCACCGACCAGUGUUUGACCUACGAGCAGAUAAUUGGAUGGUGGUACAGCGUACGGACCUCCGCGUCUCACAGCAGUGCCAGUGGUCACACAGGCCGGAGUAAUGGUCAGUCAGAGGUGGCAGCUCAUGCUUGUGCCAGCAUGUGUGAUGAGAUGGUGGUCUUGUGGAGGCUGGCAGUCCUGGAUCCCACCAUGAGUCCUCAAAGGAGGAGAGAACUUUGCUCACAGCUCAGGCAGUGGCACCUGAAGGUGAUUGAGAUCGUGAAGCGGGGCCAGCACCGCAAGUCGCUGGAUAAACUCUUCCAGGGUUUCAAGCCCGCCAUUGAGGCCUGCUACUUCAGCUGGGAGGAGGCAUUCCCCGUUCCCGGAAUCACGUACAACAGCACAGAGAAGAAGAGCGCCUUCUGCUGGGCCAAGGCCGUGCCGCACAAAAGCAGCAAGGCCUGUGCGGACACACACAGCGCUGACUCGGCCUGUGAGCCAGGCAGCAAGGCGACGCCGACGGCAACGGGCCCGGAUGGCAACGGGCCCAAACCCGCCUCCGUCGGCAAAAGCAGGAGCCCACCGGAGCCUGUGGUCCGCCCGAAGGACGGUGCGGCCAAGAGGAAGGCUGGAUCUGAUGUGUCCCGGGGCAACGUGGGCCGCCCGUCGUCAACGGCGACGGAGGCCGAGAAGCCUGUUUACAAGCCGGGCCCGACCAAGUGCAAACUACCUCAGGGGAAGUGCUCCUCCGGCAAACAUUCAGGGAAACGACGGACCAGCAGCGAGGACAGCUCGUUGGAGCCCGACUUGGCGGAGCUCGGCCUGGAUGACGGCAACCUGGCGCUGGGGGCCGAAGCCUCCAACACCUUCGACUUUGACGACGGCAGCUUCAAGGACUUGUACCCGGACGAGAGCGACGGCUUCUUUGCCGAGGGCUUCCGGCUGGAAACCAACGGCUGUGCGGCCAAGCCGCAGCCUGGGGAGCCGCCCGAAGAAAUGAGCAACGGGGAGCCAGAAACCCCGGCAAAGGCCGACCCCUCGUCCAAAACCCUGGGGCCAGAAAUUGCCGAGAGUCCUGCCGCAGGGGAGGAUGACUAUCAGGUCUAUUACCUUAAUCCGCAGGAAGUGACUAAGGAAGAGGGCAAUAAAGAAGGAGGUAACGAAGAAGAACAGGAUAUCUUCGCCGGUUUGAAACCGCUCGAGCAAGAGAGCAGGAUGGAGGUAUUAUUUGCCUGUGCAGAGGCUCUUUAUGCUCAUGGCUACAAUAACGAAGCUUGCCGAUUGGCAAUUGAUCUCGCCAGAGACCUCCUGGCCAAUCCUCCGGAUUUGAAGGUGGAACAGCCCCAGACAAAGGGCAAGAAGAACAAGGUUUCGACUCACAAGCAGACCCUGAUUGCUACCAACACCCUGGCUAAAGCUGCCUUCCUGUUGAUAGUCCUCAGUGAAAGGCAGGAGCUCCACGAUCUAGCCUAUAGCAUUGGAAUGUUUUCCCUAGAAUUGCAGAGACCACCAGCAUCAACGAAAGCCCUGGAGGUGAAGCUAGCCUACCAGGAAUCUGAGAUUGUGGCACUAUUGAAGAAGAUCCCACUGGGGGUGAAUGAGAUGAACACGAUACGGGAGAGGGCAGAGCAGCUGAGGGAAGGCAGUUUCUGUGAUUACAGGCCGGUUCUGCCACUCAUGUUGGCCAGCUUCAUCUUCGAUGUCCUGUGCACUCCAGUUGUUUCACCAACUGGUUCGAGGCCCCCGAGUCGUAACCGGAACAACGAGAUGCCUGGAGAUGAGGAACUAGGAUUUGAGGCGGCUGUGGCUGCUUUGGGUAUGAAAACCACAGUCAGUGAGGCAGAGCAUCCUCUGUUAUGUGAAGGUACCAGGAGAGAGAAAGGAGAUCUUGCACUUGCCCUGAUGAUCACAUAUAAAGAUGACCAAGCUAAGCUUAAAAAAAUUCUGGACAAGUUGCUGGAUAGAGAGAGCCAAACGCACAAACCUCAAACCCUGAGCUCCUUCUAUUCCUCGAGCAAGCCGGUUGCUGCCAGUCAGAAAUCUCCUUCGAAGCACACGUCGCAAGCAACCACGAAUGUCCAGCAGAUAACGAGUGCAUCAUCAACUCCUCAGCAAGCUAGCGUGACAACUCCCGUGCAGAACCCUCCUGCAGAGAACUUUCCAGAAGGAGCCACACAAGAGAACGUUCAGCGCACCCCCAGCGAGACUCCGAGUGAUUCGGGCACUUUCAAACAGGAGGGUAAAAUCCCAAGCCGAUUGACCCUCGGCACCAGGGGGGGAUACAAUGGACGGUGCUGGGGAUCACCAGUCAGGCAGAAGAAGAAACACACAGGAAUGGCCAGCAUCGACAGCAGUGCUCCCGAGACCACCUCGGACAGCUCCCCCACCCUGAGUCGCCGGCCUAUCAGGGGGAGCUGGGCAGCUGCGUCCUGGGGCAGAGGGCAGGACAGCGAUAGUAUCAGCAGCUCGUCCAGCGACUCGUUGGGGUCAUCGUCCUCCAGCGGCAGCCGGAGGGCCACUGGAGGAGCUCGCACCAAAAGCACAGACGUCGGGAGGUACAAAGGCAGACGCCCAGAAUGCCACGCUCCCCAUGUACCCAACCAGCCGUCUGAGGCGGCUGCCCAUUUUUACUUUGAGCUAGCGAAGACGGUCCUCAUCAAAGCAGGAGGCAACAGCAGCACAUCCAUCUUUACCCAUCCUUCAGCCAGCGGAGGUCACCAGGGUCCCCAUCGCAACCUCCACCUCUGUGCAUUUGAAAUUGGGCUGUACGCACUGGGCUUGCACAACUUUGUGUCGCCAAACUGGCUUUCAAGAACCUACUCUUCCCACGUCUCCUGGAUCACAGGCCAGGCGAUGGAAAUUGGUAGUGCAGCACUGAAUAUUUUGGUUGAAUGUUGGGAUGGCCAUUUAACACCUCCGGAAGUGGCGUCGUUAGCAGAUCGUGCCUCCCGUGCCCGGGAUCCCAACAUGGUCCGAGCUGCAGCAGAGUUGGCUUUAAGUUGUCUACCUCAUGCCCACGCCCUGAACCCCAAUGAGAUCCAACGAGCUUUGGUCCAGUGCAAGGAGCAGGAUAACGCCAUGUUGGAGAAGGCCUGCAUGGCGGUGGAGGAAGCGGCGAAGGGUGGUGGCGUCUACCCAGAGGUGCUGUUUGAGGUCGCCCACCAGUGGUACUGGCUCUACGAGCAAACGGCAGGCGGCUCGCAGCAGCGGGAGAUGUCGGCCCGUGGGGCCCACGAGGCGGGCAGGGCUUCUGCGGAGCACCCUCCCCUCGCCGAGGGCUCGGCCACGGUCACCGUGGCAGCCACCGUGACCGCCACUGCCGUGGUGCCAGUCAUCACCGUCGGUUCCACCAUGUACCAGCAACACACCAUCGCUGGAACAGCUAUCGCGCACCCUCAUGGACAGGUCUUCCCUACCAGCCCAGUCAUGAGUCACCCAUACACGACUAUCCAGACCCACAUCCCGUCCGUCUGUAAUGCUGCCUACCUGGGACAUCCGAUACAGCACGUUCCUCGUCCUGCAAUCUUCCCUGUAGCUGGAGCUGCAUAUCCUCAGGGGAUGCAUCCGGCAUUUAUUGGAGCUCAGUACCCUUACACCGUAGCAACCACCACCCAUCCAGCUAUGGCAGCUCCACCAGUGACCUUCGCAGGGGUUCCUGUACCUCCUAUGGCCCCAAUGGCAGUGCACCCUUACCAGUCUGACCCGAAUCUGCCCCUGGCCUCAACCGUAGCAGUGGCCAGUGUGCAGGCUGGGACUGCUUUCCAGGCUGUUCAAGGAGCAUCAAUGCCAACGUUAACAACACAAGGCCCCUCGAUAGUCGCCCCGACCUUCCCCACGGAAGACGAACAGCAUUCUCAGCCGGUCAGUCCUCAGGGACUGCACUACCUGCAUUCCGCUUAUAGAGUUGGAAUGCUAGCUUUGGAAAUGCUUGGUAGAAGAGCUCAUAAUGACCACCCGAACAAUUACUUCUCCAGGAGCCCACCGUACACUGAAGAUGUGAAAUGGCUGCUUGGAUUAGCAACGAGACUAGGUGUGAACUAUGUCUAUCAGUUCUGCAUGGGUGCGGCCAAAGGAGUGCUGAGUCCAUUUGUUCUACAGGAAAUCAUUAUGGAGGCUCUACAACGCCUUAAUCCUGCUCACGUACAUGCUCAUCUUCGAACGCCAGCAUUCCACCAGCUUGUUCAGAGAUGCCAGCAAGCAUAUAUGCAGUGCAUCCAGUACAGGUUGUACCACAUAGCUCCAGCAGACUACGAUGACUUUGUGAACAUCAUUCGCAGCGCACGCAGCGCCUUCUGUUUAACACCAGUCGGAAUGAUGCAGUUCAACGAAAUCCUUCAGAAUUUAAAACGAGCAAAGGGUCAAACUAAGGACUUGUGGCAGCGAAUCUCAUUGGAAAUGGCAACCUUCUCUCCUUGAUGUCUGUUGGGUUUGUGCAGAUUUAGGUUUAAUAUUGCACCCCUCCUCUUUUUAAAACCACUGUUCCUGUACACUCUGCUACAUUCCUCCUUUUAAACUAAGGUUUCAGGUGUCAGGAAGUCAUGGUAGGUUCAUUACUUUAUUUUUGUUUCUGUUGGUCUUGUGAAAUUAUUGCCAGGAUUUCACGGGCAACUUCUUCCUUCAAUCUGCAACCUUUCCACUACCACCCACCCCAACCCCCCAACUCCCCCCCCCCCAAAAAAAAAUAAUUUUUGUAUGAGGUAGUUACUAUUCAUGUACAUGUCUUUAAUUCUGUGUUUAUAAGGAAAUGUUUGUUGUCCACUACAGUGUGACUGGGUAAAAAAGCUUCCAGCUCAAGAUGGACAGUACAGUUCUCCAGCAAUUUCCACUGGAGUGUAUGAGCUACUGUGGCCACCCUGAACAGACUGUGGUUUUUAUUUAUCUGAACUUUUUUCCUUUAUUUUUGCCUUUGUUUCUUCCAAAUUAAUGUUUUUUCAUACUUAAAAAAAAAAAAAUUUUCAAUUGUUUAAAAGAAUUAUAUAUUCAGAUUCCAGUGCCACUGGGAUAGUUCAAGAGCUUUGACACAUUUUUCAGUGUUACAGAACAGCUUGUGUGUUUUCUGUCUUCCUCAUGUAAUGUUGGAUAUUUUACAAAUCUGUUAUAUUUAGUCCACAUCUCCCCAUUCCUGUCCCCCUACAAAGGCCAGACAGGUAUUAUUGACACUGUCUGUGCUAGGAAACUUGCAUGAAUGUUUUGUGUGAGUAGUUUUGUUGACAACAAAAAGAAACUUUAUUAUCCAACCAUUUCUGUGUUGUGUUGAAUACAUACACAAUUAUUUUUGAUUAAAGUACACACAAAA